AAAUGCACCAGCAGUAAAAUAUGGCAGUGGAGUCAAGGCACCUAAAUUGAUAGAAACUUCUUCAGGGAAUGAGAAUGAUGGCAUUUUAGAAAUUGGAACCCAACAGAUCGAGGUUCCAGAUGGUAAUAAUAAAGAUUUUCCUAAACAUUCUGGAUCUUCAUCAGGGAAACGAUCUUAUCAUCCAUCAACACAAGUGUCUUUUGGUACUGUAGAUGACCCAGAAAAAGGUAUUUAUGAUGCACCAACUCAGAAAAUCACUGACAGGAUUUUUAAAGAAAUACCAAGUGAUGAUUCAACAGUUGUGGGUUCCAAGGUAGGAUCAAAGAAAGUAUCAAAUUCUGGACAAGCAAGACAGAAAACAGACCAGAAGAUUCUUACAAAUAGAGUUGCUACCAUUAAACAUUCCUCUGAAUUAUCCAUAGACUCAAGUGAUGAAACUGAUACAGCUGAUAUCUGCAUUUCUGUAGCUGGGAAAGUAAAUUCUCCUGAUACGAGCACCAGCGACGCCAAAGAAUUAAAUAAAUGCGAGUUGAGAGAAUCGUGUGUUACCGAGGGCAUUAAAAACAUAUCUGAAAAUAUAAGACCUACAAAGGUCAGUGCAACACCAGAUGUUCAGAGUAGGUGUGAUAAAUGGUCUGAAAUUAGAACACAGACAACUGCAGAGGUUAUACCUCAGAAGGAGAGCAGCGAAGUGCCCGAAGUGGUAGUAUCAACGACAGAUUCUACACCAGGGCUUCAAGACAGUGGUUUUGACGGCUCAAAGAAAUCUGUUGCAGAGACCGGUGUUGACAACAGUGAAACUGUACCACCAGAUAAACCAAAAGGUACAGUUGGGAAAUCUGGAAUGGCAGAAUCAGUAAUACCAGAUACUCCGAAACCUGAAAUGAGAGAAGCAGAGGAACCACAUGGCUCUACACUCCGAGCUGAAAAAGCUGGAGAUGGGGAACGUGGGAUGGAAGGAUUAAGGAAGCCAGGAAUUCCAACAUCAGGCGUUCAGAAGGAAAAUAAUGAAGUGUCUGGGAUGACAGAAUCAAAGAAGACAAAUGAUUCUGUAUUAGGUACUCACGGAAAUGGUCGUGGAACAUCUGAUAUGAAUGAAAUCAAAAAGCCAGGUGAUAAUAUGGCAAGUGAUCAGGGGUGUUUUAAUGGAAAACAUUUGAUUUCAAAUUCAAAGAAAUCUGAUAUAAAAAGUACUCAAAAAGAGGAUGAUUCAAAAUGUGAAGGGGCAGGUUCAGAGAUACCAAGUGAUGAUAAAUCUAGUAUUCAUGAUGGUUCCGGCGAUAAAACAGACUCAGAAAAUGUCCUUGAAGCGAACUCACAGAAAAUUCAAGUAGAUAGAAGCUCUGAGUUAAAUAAAGUUAAAAAAUCUGCUGUACCUAUCGACGCUCAUAAAAAUGUAGAUGUUGUAGAUAAGCUGAUAGAUGACAACUUGAAUGAUACAUUUGAGCUCAUAAUGCCAUCAUCACAGGAUUUAAUGAAGGCUGUAAAAGCAUAUGAGGCAAAGCAAUCUCCGUUCAAACCAGAAGAAGUUAUUCCUAGUGAAGACGAAGAACCAUCCAGCCUAACACUUAAAAUCCCUAGGCAUAGUCACUUGAAAAGUAAAAGAGCCAAGGUUAGGAAGAGACCCUGUACUAAAAGCAAGGCUUCGGACGCCACAGUAGUAGGUAGCGUAAAGCACCUGCCAGACGAAAGCUCUGUUGAUGUAAGUACGAUAUCAAACGCUGCAGCUGGAACAAGUAGAAGAAGAAAACUUUCUUAUGAAGAUAUUGAUCAAAGUGAUAAAUCAGAUAUUAUUCUUCAGGCCAGCAAACAAAGGAGACUUUCUAACAAAGAUCCUCUUGAAAAUGACAGUAAAAAUGAAGUAAAUGAUAUGACGUCACGUCGCAGGUCACGUAGAUGUCCUGGAGAGAUUCAACAAAUUGAAACUGAAGAUGUAGUUAACACGGAUAAAGAAAAUGGUAAAGCAAGAACGUCAAAAAUUGUUAAGGGUCAAGAUGAAAUAGUUGCAUCAGCUGAUUCCCAAACGGAGACGAACGUGAAACUGUCUAUUGAGACCUCUAGAAGAGAGAAAUCAUUACGUAGUGGAGUUCACAGAAAUAAAAAGGAAGAACAGGGUUUUAAAUCAGAACAGUCUAAUAAACCAAGAAAAGGAAGAAGAAGAUUAAAGGAAGUUGUUGAAUCAACAGAAGAUAAUGAUAAUAAAGAGACAGGAAAAAGAAGUGUUGAUAAGAAGGAAGACGUGGAAAAUGCCCUUGCAACAAGCAUCCGUCCUUCAAUACAACAGAAAAUGACUCGCAAGAUCCGAGACAGCUUAGGAAGUGAUAAGAGUGAAGGUAGUCCAGCUCCAGAAGAAGAAAGGUCAAAGAGUAGAAGCAGAGGACGUUUAAGCAGUAACUCUCAAAAUGAGGUUAAUGAGAGAGUAGAACUUAGUACACACAGGACUUUGAGGUCAAGAAAAGUCUCUCUAAGCAAACCACCUUCGGAGGAGUUAUUGAAAAAUUCAGAAGAUUUUGGCGGUAAUACUUCUAAAGAUGUAAAAGAAAAGAAAAUAACUGAUUCUGUUCCUGGUCGUCAAAAUGUGUCCCUUCGUAAGUCACCGGGACAGAGUAAAGGAGACGGAGAAGUUACGUCUGUGACUGACUCAUCAAAGAACCGUUCGCCGCAAAAAGUGGCAAGGCGGAAUGAUAUAGAAAUCGUAAGCAACCGGGAACGAAAACGGAAGACCGAAGAAACUGUCACCGAGGCAGCUUCCAAACGUUCCAAGAAGGCGAAAUCUCAGGAAAACAGCGCUGACAGAUGCAGUCCAGAAACAAGCAGACCACAACGAGGUGUAAAACAUGCAAAAUCUGCUGAUGAGGAACGUGCUGAACAUUUACCAGCAAAACAAACAAAGACCGAAGAAAAGCUAUCCAAAACACAUUCUCCUUCGUUCGAGAACAGUGUACAGAAUGAUGAAGUUAAAUGUGUGCAAUCUCCUAGAAGAGGCAGAACAAGAAGGAAAGUUAUGAGCUCUCAGAAGUCAGAAAUAACAGAAACAGCAAAACACGAUACAAAAUCUGGUCAGAGAGAGAGAACAAGUAGGAUCUCAAAGACUGACAAAACCUACAAGGGACUGGAAAACGAGCCUACAACCCCGAAAUCACGCAAAAUUAAUUUAUCUGCGGACCAAGACAUAACACCCCAACAUGCAAGAUCUAGCCGAGGAAGAGGAACACCACAGAGUAACAUCCGACUUAGUUCUCAGAAGAGUGAUAGCAAUGUAAGCACUCAACGGCGUUCCACUCCACGUAGAAUGGCAUCAGCUGGUGGAACAGCACACCACGUUCUUUUCACCGGAUUCUCUGACUCCAAGCAAGAAUACGUCGUCAGGCAACUAGGUGGUCGUGUGGUGGACUUACCUGAAUCUUGUUCAGUUCUUGUCACAGACAGGGUGCGGCGGACAUACAAAUUUCUUUGUAUCAUGGGUCGCGGAAAACCCAUCGUUUCACCCGAAUGGCUAGCACAGUGUCAGCGAUCUGGCUGUUUUGUGGAUCCGUGGAAAUUCCUGAUAAAAGACCACGAAUCAGAGUCAAAAUUCAAAUUCCAGUUACGGGAGUCGUUGGAAGUUGCGGCUAGGACUAACCUACUGGCAGGUUACAGCGUCUAUGUUACACCAAAAGUUAACCCACCCCCAUCAGAGAUGAAAGGCAUUAUCGAAAGUUGUGGCGGAGUUUUCAUGAGUCUGGGGGCUGUCAAAUCUUGGCCAGUUAAUAGUUUCAUCAUAUCAUGCUCAGAUGAUAAAGCCAGUUGGUCUAAGCUCAAGAAAUCGGGCAAGCCUAUUGUGGGAGCAGACGUUCUUCUGUUGGGAGUUCUGCACCAGAAGCUCGAUCUGAAAUCAAAUACUUUGGUGUAGUCAUCACGGCCAUCGGAACCUUGCGUCGCGUUCAGAAUUGUGUAUGGAGUGACCACAUCUGCCCACACAUAUUUGUUUCCAUUUAAUAUAUUUCAUCGCAGCGGACCAAUUUUAAAGAAGCUGAUGUUACAGGUGAUCAUUUUUUUAUUAUUAUUAUAUUUCCUAAAUUCCAUCCUUUGUCAGUACCAUUAUCACCGCCGCACGAACUUUACGUGCGGAAUAUAUCGGAAUGAUGACAACCAGCGUGUAUGGAGGUAUCUUGCGAAACGCGCUUCGUAGUAAGAAUAUUAUGAUAGUUGUGCGGACUUUUCAAAUUUAGUUUUAUGUUUUGUGUAAUUCCAUAACUUUUUCAGUCGGACCAGUUAUCUAGAUAUCGUCUGUUAUAUACCGGUGUGGUUAUCUUUCUUUAAAAAAAAUAAAUGUAACAGCAUUUGUAAUGUACGUUCCUGGCAUGGAAUGAUAUUAAUAAACGAUUAAAAGCAGAACAGUAUUACUCA